CACCUACCUGCGGGUGAUCCACUAAACGUCACCGAAUGCAAUCGGAUUUCGCAGUGCGGGCUUCAAGCUGUGUUCUCUGAAUCCUUACAAACACAAGCUCAUUCGUCUGUCAACCUUGCAGUUUUCCGAACCACACAGGCGACCAUAUCCCCAUCCAGUAUGGCAGACCAAUUGAAAGACCCUUUACCGACCGCCAUCGAGGACUUUGGCAACGAAGAGCGCAUAUCUUUCUCCAAGCUUGACAACAAGUAUCUGGCUGUCCUCGACGACGGCACCGAGCUCGAGUUCAGUCCGGCAACCUCUACCUGGGUCGAGGCAGUAGAUACAGCCUUGGGACCCCUCGACAACGAAGAUGAGACCGCAGCGCAACUAGCAGACCUGUCCAGAGCCGGCGCAGGCCCAGGCUACAUCAAGGACGCCGAACCACAACAGACCAAUCCUAGGAAACGCAAAGAGUCGCCCACUUCAGCAGAAGCCGGAGGCGGCGACAACAACAGCAACGGCAAUGGCAACGGGAGGGCUCGCCCCGCGAAGAAGGCUAAGCCAGCGCGCGCACCGCCGCAGCCGCGCCAGAACACGGCCGUCUACGUUACGGGGCUGCCGGCUGAUGCGACAGUUGAUGAGGUACACGAGCUGUUCUCGCGCAAGGCGGGUGUGGUCGCGGAAGAGAUUGAUAGCGGCCGGCCACGCAUCAAGAUGUACACGGACGACAAGGGCAACUUCAAGGGCGACGCACUCGUCGUCUUCUUCAAGCCGCAAAGUGUUGAGAUGGCAAUUAUGCUCCUAGACGACACGGAUUUUCGCUUCGCGCCCGGCACGGGCGAAACACCGAAGAUGCGAGUGCAGGCUGCGGACUCGAGCUACAAGAAGGUCAAAUAUGAUGAGGACGGGGCGGGUACAGCCAGUGGAAAAGGAGGUAACGGCGGUGAUAACGGGGAGGGGGCGGCAGCCCAGCCGAAGAGGGAACGGAAUGAUAAAGACCGGCAGAAGAUCAUUCGCAAGACACAGAAGAUGGCGGCGAAGCUCGCGGACUGGAGCGAUGACGACACGGCGGCGAUACCACCGGAGACCAACUCGAAAUGGGACAAGACGGUGAUACUCAAGCACAUGUUUACGCUGGCAGAGCUGGAGGAGGACCCGGCAGCGCUGCUGGAGAUCAAGGAGGACAUCCGCGAGGAGUGCGCCAAGCUGGGCAACGUCACCAACGUAGUGCUGUACGACGAGGAGCCGGACGGCGUGGUGUCCGUUAAAUUCUCUCAGUCGCAGUCCGCGCAGGCGUGCAUCCAGCUCAUGAACGGGCGCAGCUUUGACGGACGGGUCGUGGAGGCGUCCAUAGCGACGGGGCGGGAGAGAUUCAAGAAGUCGAAGCAGGGGCAGGCGAGCGACAGCGAAUGAUCACGAGCAUGGGUGUGAGCGCGAGGAAGAAUUGGUGCUGGGUAUCGAGAGGCACGCUGUAUUGAUAGAGCUGUAUUGGUAGAGCUGUAUCACCGAAGACCAAAGAACCAAGGCCGCGAGGGCCGAUAACCGCGGAAUCGCCCUUGCGAGGAACGGUUCAUUUACAUCCGCGCCAGGUUGCCGUUAUCGACGUUGUCUUUCGUAUCCCCGUCAUCCGCCUUUCGCUCCUAGGAGGCAUGGGUAAAACCCAUGCCAUCCUAAGGCCUUCCAAGCAGAGAUUCAAGCGAUCCCACACGGGGAGGGGGAUGAGAAAGCUAGAGACUGCGAAAGAUGGGCCACGUAAGGAGG